UCUGCUCCCUCCUCCCCUCCUCUCUUUUCCCGUCCCUCCCUCGUUCAUUCACAUCUCCUCUCCGAGUGUCGGAGGCAGAAGGAGUCGGUCGGUCGGGCAAAGGGGCAGUGGCAUUGCUGAAGCGGCGUGUCCGUGUCUCCUUCCCUCUCUCCUGCUGUCUCUCUUUCUCUUCUCCUCUGUCUCACCUUCACUUUUCUUAUCUUGAACAGCCUUUUUUGAGAUCCCUGCUGGUUUGUUUGUCCCUGGUCUCUGGACAAGUCUUUUCUCUUCAACCAACCACUGAGCAGGACCAGGAGAGCCAGACUGCCUUUUCACAGCUUGUGCACACAGAUCCAGCUCUGGUAUGAUGUUCCAUCCACUUUUAACUUUUUUAAUAGUGACCUUGAACCCCAGACAGAGAUCCUCUUAAGUGCUUCAGAAGUCUGGAUUGUUGUGGGCGGUGGCGAGGGUUUAGGAGUUGAGGUGGUGGUGUAGUUCUGUGGUUCCGGGAUCUCGUAACCUGUCUGACGGGACUUUGACUCCGGCUGCAGCCCCCCGACUCCCAGCAUGAGGAUUCUGCGGAGUCUGGAGAGAACCAGCGGAGGUCGCAUCAUGGCCCUGGUACGGACCUCCCUACAGAAGGUGAUGCUUUUCCUGCACCAGCUCCAGAUCAUGGCCGUCACCUCUCCACGUUACCAGAGACUGUGCAAGGACAUCGAAGCUGAGAUGGACGCUCAUGAUGACCUCAUCAAGGAGGGACUGAGUAACCUGCAGAGGCACACCAGCCCACAACAGCCAGAAGAUGGAUGCAAGGACAGCACCUCCAGCAGCAGAGUGCAUCUGGAAGGUGGUGUGGAGAAGUGGGCGGGACUGAUGGCCGUUCUUGAGGAGCUUUGGUCGUGGCUGAAGCAGAAGGACGAGGAGCUGAUUGGUCAGAGACCGUCGGGUGAGACUGCUCCAGGCCAGCAGCAGGACCACGGCAAGAGUUCACUCAUUCCGAGAGAUCAGGAGACCGACAGCUCGAGAGACCAGGUGUGGUUGUCUCUAACUGCGUUGCCCACACAGCCUGAGGAGGGACCACAAACCAGGAGCCAGUCGAGCCCAGCUGCAGAUGUUGUUGAUGAAGAGCGCCCCCAGUGGCCAACCAGGGCAGUGCAGGAGCAAGAGGCCUCGCUGGAGCAGGGCUGGCAGCAGCAGCUGCACUGGGCUCUGGGCAGGCUCCAGGAGCUCCAGGAUGCUGUAGACCGGCUGCAGCAGAGCCUGACGGAGGGCGAGGAGGCAGGGGGAGAGGGUCACCCCGUGAGGGUCACACCAACUGACCCGAAACCGGAACACUGUGAACAGUCCACUGGAUGUGUACAGAGCACUGACCCCCUUGUUAUGCAAGCAGUGAGGAAGAAUCCAGCAUUUACUAUUCAACUGACUCCAUGGACGUCUAUUGAACUGCACAACCUCAGCACACGCUGGAAGGUCCUUCCGGGGGAAACUGGAAAUGGAUCCAUCAGGCCACUGCAGGCGACACCCCUGUCCCAGGAGUUCCUGUCCACUUCGGUGCAGUUCCCAUGGCAACGGGCAGUCACCCAGAACAACGUUCCAUAUUACAUCAAUCAUGAGAUGCAGACCACCACUUGGGACCAUCCAAAAGUGACACAGCUUUUCCACACCAUGGCGGAUCUGAACCACGUGAGGUUCUCCGCCUACCGCACAGCAAUGAAGACACGAAGACUGCAGAAGGCCCUGUGCUUGGACCUUUUAGACCUGGGAUUGGCCCAAAGUGUCUUUGAUCAGCAACAGCUGACCCAGAAUGGAGAGCUCCUGGAAAUAGCUGAUAUUGUGAGCUGCCUGGGGUCCAUCUACAACAGACUUGAACAGCAGCACCCAGACCUUGUCAACACACCUCUAUGUGUGGAUAUGUGUCUAAACUGGCUCCUAAACGUCUACGACACAGGAAGAAGUGGGAAGGUGCGGGCGCUCUCCAUGAAGAUUGGACUUCUCUCGCUCUCCAAAGGACACCUGGAGGAUAAGUACAAAUACCUCUUCUGUCAGGUGGUGCCCCCGGGGGAGUCAUGUGACCAGCGAGGGCUGGCCCUGCUCCUGAGUGCCUCCCUCCAGAUCCCACAGCAGCUGGACGAGGCCUCCGCCUUCGGCGAGGGCAACGUGGAGCCCAGCGUCCGCAGCUGCCUCCAGCUGGUGGGCAGUGAUGGAGAGAUCGACCUGGAGCAGUUUGUGGACUGGAUGCAGCUGGAGCCUCAGGCGAUGGUGUGGCUGCCAGUGCUCCACAGGGUGGUGUCUGCAGAGAGCGCCCGGCACCAGGCCCGCUGCAACAUGUGCAGGGAGUGCCCCAUGCUGGGCUUCAGGUAUCGCAGCUUGAAGCACUUUAACUAUGAUGUGUGCCAAAACUGUUUCUUCUCGGGAAGGACGGCAAAAGGCCACAAGCUGACCUACCCCAUGGUGGAGUACUGCACCCCAACCACUUCUGGGGAGGACGUGCGUGACUUCACCAAAGUGCUGAAGAACAAGUUUCGAUCAAAGAAGUACUUUGCCAAGCACCCACGGCUCGGCUACCUUCCGGUGCAGCUGUUCCUGGAGGAGGACAGCAUGGACAUGCCGGUCCCUCUUCUCCGCAUGUGCCCAGAACAGUAUGAGAUGGCUCCGAUAGCAGGCUGGGAGCGAGCCGUGUCUGUGGAAUCUGCCUCAGCCGCAGGAGGAGGGUUUCCGGAGCACGAGUUUAUCCUACCAGAGGCACACAGUGCCAGCACAUCUUGCAGUCCCCUCCACGUCCAGCAAGGGGACACCCACAAACACAGCCACACCUCCAGCCCAGUCCAAGGUCAAGCCAUAAAGAGGAGCGAGAUGCCUGAGGAACCUGAUGGUCUCAUAUCUGCCCUAGAAGAGGAGAGCUGUUAAUACUACCGCACUCUCCUCACGCGCCAGAAUAACAAUUUGAAGACGAGAGAGGAACGGCUCAGCCACGUUCUAGAGCGCUCAUAAACACAAAUCAUUCAGUUGCCAUUUCGGAUGGAUUUAUUGAACUGACAGUCAGCAAGGUCAAACAGGACAAGUGACUCUGAGAUUUAAAGAGUGAAUUAAAGUUAACAUUAACUACUCAAACCCAGACUGUUGUGGUGUGUUUUGGAGUUACGUUUAACGUGUUUCAUAAUGAGUAUUGGAAUUCAACUGAAAUUCUCUGUUACUACCCAAUAAAGAAGUACCCACCUAGCAACCGUCUAGCCCC